UGACCUGGAGGCAGCUCACAUCUACAGCCAAUGGCAGGGGUGCAUGAAAGACAGUUACAGGCUCAACCAACUGUUGUGCCUCCCUCUGCCUGAGCCAGAACUUGCACGGCUUUACUGUGGACCCUUGGUGCACCAAGCUGCUCUGAGGCUGAGGAGAGGCGUGACCCCGGAGUCAUUCCUCAGUGCAGAGCCCAUCGCCAUGCAGCUCUUCAGAGAUCUAGAGCAUGCUGUGCUGGACUCCCUGGAUGCAGAUGUUUGGGCCAGAUUACAGAAAGCACCACGACGAGAUCACCCAAGGGAGAGACGAGCCCGGUCUGUAGGGGAUGUGGAGGAACUGGCCACACGAUUCACACAGAUGUUUGAAGAGGAGGAUGAUGAUGAAGACUAUGGCGGCAGGAGUGGCAAGGCAAAGACUGAGAAUGAGGAGGAGGAAAUCUACAGAGAUGCGUGCCGCAUCCGCACCAGACACAAGAAGAAGAGCAGGGCUCUGCGAACUCACAGUCCUGUUCAGCUGAAGAAACGAGAGAGAGUUUGCUGGGCCUGAGCAACACGGUGACUGUACACAGGAACUCAGGACUUUUUUCAGCACUUAAAGCAGUUCAAUCUGUGCACUUUGUUAAAUCUAAUGAAUGUUUUGGACACCAUGAAAUGCACACUAUGAUGAAUAUUUGCUAAUCGUUUAAUGUU